AUGCCGCCAAAGGCUGCGGGUGGAUCACUCGACAGCCUCAAAACCCUCGUUCAGUCAACCAUCAGCCUCAUUACUCAGUUCGAAGGAAGCCUUCAUGCCAUCGCUCUCGACAAAGCCUUGCCAGGCUCCUCUUGCACACCUCUCUCCUCCCUCGCGCCCGAUCCUUCCGGCCCCGUCGAUGCGCUCUCCCUAGCCCACGACUCGGCGAGCCUGAUAAAGGCACACACUACCAAAUUGUCCCUCCUCAUCAUCAACGAACCGUUCACACCUUCUGCUAUCGUCACCGUCUUGCGCGAGCUUGUUGCUGGCCCUAUACCUGCUACUGCCACUGCCGUCCAGCUCUGCACCCCUGACACUUAUACCGCCAUCGUGCGCCAAGACCUUGCUUGGAGAUGCUAUCGCGUUCUUAAGGAGCUGAGAGGCUUGGUUGAAGCCAUCCCUCUGAAUGGCAGCGCCCUACCCGCCCAUCGCAAGAACGGAGCCAACGGGGAUAAAGGGAGUAUCGUUACCACUGGCGUCAUUUGGGCUGCGUGUGACGACCUUAUUCUUCUCAAAAAAAUUGGUAUUGCAGGGCUCCUAAUCAAGAAGGCCGAGGAAUAUAAGGACACACUACAGGACGUGUUGGAAGAGCUGAAAGAAUGGAGCGAAGAGGUUGAUGAUGAAGACCAAGAGGAGGAUGAGGAUGAAGGGGACGGAAACCUGCAGCAUAUCACCGACGAUCUACAAAACACUCACCUCUCGGCCCAGGAGAUGAUCGAUAACCUCAUGACAUCUCAGCGCAUACCCCGAGACGAUCCAGAUAGAAUCCGCGAACGCUUGGACUCAUGCCUGAAGCGGUUGCGACUCACCACCUUACUCUACUCGGCCAUCAUCCAGAGGCGGCUAAAGACUCUUCCUCCGUUGAUAGCCGAGCAAGCACCGCCUCUCGCCCGACGUCUAGACGAAGUAUAUCCUCUCUUAAAGAGCUUGCCACAUCGCUUUGGAGAGGUUGCCUGCGCGUUUUACGAUCUGGACACUAGUGCGAUAGACGAGGCAAUGGAUUCCUGCUUCUUUGAUGCGUUUGCUGCGGCAGAAAUGCUUAAAGUCCCUUGGACUGGCACUCAAGAUAAAUUUACGGAGUGGGCGGACAAAUUCCAAGUGGGCAUCAAGAAGCCCGACUAG